CCAAGCAAAAAUGUCUGCCUAAGGGAAACUCGCAAGUUACAUAGUGGAUAUUUGCUAAAUACAGUCGCAAAAGACACCGAUUUCGUUCUCUUUCAAACGCGAGACACGGAAACAUACGCCGUCAUUGGCACACCCGAUCGCCCUAGUUGGAUUUUUUACGGCAGAAAAGAUUUAGUCAAGGAUCGUAAGGAUGAACCCUCAGCAGCGGAUCGCCGCUAUCGGGACGGAUAAGGAGCUGAGUGAUCUGCUGGAUUUUAGCGCGUUUUCAUUAUCUUUGGGAAACACUAUGUUUUCUCCACCUGUGAACAGUGGAAAAAACAGGCCGACCACUCUUGGAAGCAGCCAGUUCGGUGCAUCAGGUAUGGAUGAGAGGACAAGCCAGGCGUCAUGGGUCUCAGGUGGCCAGUCCGGACCAUCCUAUGAGUCCUCCAGGGGAUUUGGAGACAGCACUCAUUAUGCUGAUCACUUGAGUGACAGUCGAUCAGUGUCCCAUGAAGGAUUGUCCCCAACACCUUUUAUGAGCUCCAGCAUAAUGGGCAAAUCAGAGAGGGCUCCAUUUUCUGGCUAUGGGAGAGAACCAGGGGUCUCUGGAUGCCAGUCAUCUCUGAGGCCAGACAUGGGGUUGGCCAGCCCAGGGCCCAUCACCCCUUCUGGGAAGUCACCCUACUCUUUCACCGGCUCCAAUCCACGAAGACGGCCCCUUCAGGACUCAGCUUCAAUGGAUCCUCUGCAAACAAAGAAAGUACGCAAGGUCCCCCCUGGCCUGCCUUCAUCUGUGUAUGCACCAUCUCCCAGCUCAGAUGACUUCAACAGAGACUCUCCAUCUUACCCUUCCCCCAAACCCCCCAGCAGUAUGUUCACAAGCACGUUCUUUGAUGGGACCCACAAUUCCGCUGACCCGUGGAACUCAUCCAAUGAGAUCAGUCAGCCAGGCUAUGGGGGAAUGCUGGGAGUAUCUUCAUCUCACAUGCCACAGUCUGGAAACUACAGCAACCUGCACUCACACGACCGCCUGAACUACCCGCCACACACGGUGUCGCCCACAGACAUCAACGCUAGCCUGCCACCCAUGUCCAGUUUCCACCGCAGCAGUGCCAACACCUCGCCCUUCGUCACCGCAUCUCACACCCCACCUGUCAACACUGCAGAGGGAGUCAUGGCUGCUACCAAACGAGGGAACGCCACUGGAAGCUCUCAGACUGGAGACGCGCUGGGAAAAGCCCUGGCUUCGAUCUAUUCUCCUGACCACACCAGCAGUAGUUUCCCCUCGAACCCUUCCACUCCAGUGGGCUCUCCUUCUCCGCUGACGGUUCAGGCAGGGGCUGCCACAGCAGGUACAGUGGUGACAGCCAGCGGCUCCACAGGAAGGGCAGGAACAACUCAGUGGCCCCGUGCAGCUGGACAGGCACCUUCGUCCCCAAACUACGAGAACUCCCUCCAUUCUCUGAAAAAUCGUGUGCACCAGCAGCUUCAUGAGCAUCUGCAGGAUGCCAUGUCCUUCUUAAAGGAUGUCUGCGAGUCUCGGAUGGAGGACCGGCUGGACAGGCUGGACGAUGCGAUUCACGUCCUCCGGAACCACGCCGUUGGCUCCACUGCUGCCCUGUCUAGCGACAUCCACAGCUUGUUGGGACAAGCGCACAACGGGGCAAUCGCAGCCAUCGGCGCCAACUUUCCUGCUUCCGGAUUGGUUGUCAGCCGAACAGCACCUAUGGGCUCCGUUCACCGCGAAGAGGGCGUCAGCCUGAACAACAACCAUGCUGGAUUGCAGGCCAGUGCGGGACCCACCUCCAGCUCAGAGCUAAACCACCAAGCAGACACUCUCAGAGGACUCGCUAGCCAAGUGGCUUCUCCUCUGGGGCUGAAGCUCGAGAAUCAAGAAAAAGACGACAUGCACGACAACCACUCCUCUGACGAUUUCAAAUCAGAUGACGAGAGUGAUAAAAGGGAUAUGAAGGGAAUAAGAGGAGGGACUCGAACAAGCAGUAUCAAUGAAGACGAGGACUUGAACCCCGAGCAGAAGGCGGAACGCGAACGUGAGAGGAGGAUGGCCAACAAUGCCCGCGAGCGGCUUCGGGUUCGAGACAUCAAUGAGGCAUUUAAAGAACUUGGCCGCAUGUGUCAGCUGCACCUAAAGAGCGAGAAGCCCCAGACCAAACUGCUCAUUCUUCACCAGGCCGUCGCUGUCAUUCUCAACCUCGAGCAGCAAGUCAGAGAGAGGAACCUGAACCCCAAAGCAGCCUGCCUUAAGAGAAGGGAGGAGGAGAAGGUAUCGGGGGUUUCAGGUGACCCCCAGCAAGCCCACCAGCCUGUGCACCCAGGCCUCACAGACGCAUCCAACCCCAUGGGCCAUUUGUGAACACUGGCCAGAUUAAAUGGAUCAUGAUGGCAUGUGUUAGACUGAGUCGGUCACCUUGCUUUCCUCGGGCGGACAGGACUCACUGUUUGUGACACAGAUUUGAGAAGACAGACCAAUCGAAGCAAAAUUCCACUGAUAAGCAAUCCUGAGAUAGAAGAAAAUUAUCAAAUGCCCAGCUCCCUGUGAAGACACCAUAUCGAUAAGCAAAUUUCUGCCCACCGGAGAAAAAGAAAAUCAAGCAUAAGGAGCCCCUUAGCACAUAUCGCUGUCUGCAAGCUGUGGUCCGCAGCUGUACAAUCAGAGACUGUCGCCACCCACUCCACCCUGUACGUGGAAGUUGCCUUGUGCCUAAACUGAAUUGACGAAUGCAUUGUAACAGAAUUUGUUUUUCUUUUUUUCUUUUUUUUUUUCUUCCUGUUUAUUAUGUUUCUGAGCUGCAAGUCUAUGUUUAAAGGGAAAGUUCUGACAUUGCUUUGAGAAGCUGGUGGCGUUUCAGUAGAUCUGCAGUUUGUCCGUCACAUUAGAGUCGUGUGCUGUCUGCACCCUCUCUCGUGUCACGUGUCUGUGGAAGGGCCUCUACGCUCAAACUCUAUGAGAUUAAUAUAUUUUAUCACGCUUAGAUCAAAUUUCAUGCCCUCGAAAGAAUUUGAUGGUAUUUGAACGUUCAAAGACUCAAGGGUCCCUUUUUGUCUAGAAUAAAAAAGAAGAAAUAAUAUAUUAUUUAUAUUUAUCGUACAUUCAUUCUGCAAAUUUCAGCAUGAGAAACCAAAACUACCUAAUUCUUUAUUAUGUAUGUUGAUAGUGUAGCGAGGAGUCCUCAUCACAGACAGAAGUUUAAGAGAGGGAAUGAGUGAGGCGAGAUGGGAUCAACCCUGUGCAUGUUUGGCCGGAUUCCCUGUGUUGUGGAAAUGAUGGUGGAAUGGCAAACUCUGGCUUUACUGAAAGGUCAAAGAUCCAACACAAGCUAUCAUGUUUAUGGUCAUUAGUAAGCAGUUUGGAAACAGAAAGCAGAAUGUUUCAAAACCCCAGCAUUCCCUGCAUACUUCUUAGUGUCUUAAAUGUGAAAGGGGACACAAUCUCGUUCUUUUGAUUCCUUUGCCAUAUAGUGUUAAUGGUAAAGAGAAAUGACCGAUUUCCGAUGCAGUUUGUUUGUAUUCAUAUGUUACAUCAUUUGGUCUCUGUUUUGUUUAGACAGCUAUGGUUAUGCCGAGGGUAUCUGUACUGAGGAACCUCUGAUAGACAUUUAGCCUGCAUCUAAGGUGUUAGACAUGGUACUGUUUGAGAAGAGUUGGGUUUUAAACGAUGACCAUUACUUUACCUGGCCUGAAUUAGAGUUUUGCUUUAUGUUUUUUUUUCUAAAACCAUUAGCAAUUAAAAAAGUAAAAAGAAAAAAAACUCAAGAAUAACCACAUGUUAUAUGUUUAUUUGUAAUUGUAUACAAAGCAAUUCUCUAGGCUUCAUAGUAAAGCGUAUAAUUGUCGUGAGAUAAUACAAGGAUGUCCUAAGUUACUUAGAGUGACUUUUGUCUUUCCCCCUUGCAUUGAAGUACUUGAUCAGCAGAAUGUGAGCGCAAUGUCUGUUUGAUAAAGAGAAGCUCUUCAUAUUUAAAAUGCUGUGUAUCAUCAAACUCAGCAAACAGUGGAAAUUAUCGAACAAGGAUCAGGAUUUUUCUGACAUUAUUUCUUUUUUUGAAAUCUUGAGUCACAGCUUUCAUUUUGUAAUGUAUAGUUUAUUCAUUAAGACCAAAAACUUUUUUUUUUCAAAAAACAUUGUAUUUUUCUUCCCUGUCUGUUGUCUUCCAUGCAUUCACUCCAGUGCAAAAAGACUGCCACAUUCUAAUAUGUAUCACUUCCUGAAGUCAUAAAGUCAAAAGAACAAAAACUUAAGGAAGUUUCAGAAUAUCAGCAUUAAUUUCCAACUGUGUUUUCUCUUAUUCUUUGUUUCGUGGAGAGUUACCUUACUUAAAAAUUAUUGUGAAAUCCAUUAGUCUUUGUGGCCUUGUUAUACAUUUCAGUAUUCAAGAGCUUGUAUUUUUGCCUGCUGAAAAUUAAUCGAGGUUAUGAGUCAUCUCUUUGUUUAUUGUUUUGUUUUCCUUGUUUUUUCUCUUUUCCUAGUUUUCUGUGUUCUGUUUUUCCUCUGUUGGAUAUGUUAGAUUUUGCUGUAUGCCCUGAUGCUUUCCCUCAUAACAAAAAAAAAAACUAUGAAAAGGUAAAAAAAAAACAUUUGGCUUAUUUUUCAAUAUAGUUAGUCUUUUAUACAAUAAUAUUGUAAGAACAUUUCUUGAACUCUAAAUAAUACUCUUUCUAGAUUUUUGAAAUCAAAAGUUUUGAGUAAAAAGUUUCUUACUUUAUUUUACUAUAUUAGAUAGUAAAAGAAAUGUACGGUUAUUUACCAUGACUAUACAUUACUAUAAAAAAGAUUAUUGAUAGCAUCUUAAGAACAUAAGUAGGAUUGUAGCUUGCAGUCUAGUACAUAUGGGGUAUUGUACGAGCUCGAUGUUCCAGAAGAUGUGCUCUCCAUCUAUGUCUCCAGUCUGUAUUUGUUGGUUGAUGAAAGAUUUGUACCCAUGUCAAAAUUCAAGGUAUUGUCAAUGCACAUCAGAAAACCAGCAGUAAGAAGUUGAAUUCUUUUUUUUUCUGUCUCUGUAACAGAAAAAACAAUAUGUAUAUAACAUUUAUGUAGUAAUAAAUGU